UUGCAUCUCAAAUAUUUUAGUCGGACAACGCUCGUUAAGGUAUUCACAACUUUCAUAUCAAUAAGUUCUUCUGUUUGAGUUCAAAGAAAAAGCGGUACAAUGAGCGGAAAGGCAGUGCUAUGUCUACUCAUAUCAAUUGUUUCAGUUGCUACUAUAGUGCAAGGUGAAUUCGAUGACACUUGUGCCAGAUGUUUGUGUCACAUUCAAACCAAUUGUAACAAAAACCACCCAGCUGGGCCGUACAAAAUCAGCUGGCCUUACUGGGCCGAUGGUGGCAAGCCAACAGUGAAUGGUGAAAGUCCCAGUUCAGAGACUGCUUUUCAAAAUUGUGUCAGAGAUGAAAAGUGCAAUUUUGAUGCUGUGUCUGGUUACAUGAGAAAUUUCGAACAGGACUGCGAUAACGACGGACAUAUCCAAUGUAUUGACUACAUUAAAAUUCACGUUUUUGGUGGAUACGGCUGCACUGGAGACUUACCAAUUCACCUUCAAAAGAAAUAUGACGAUUGCUUAGCCGGCAAAGUAUGAAUUCAGUAAAAACUGAGUAAAUCGCUAGACAUUUUCUAGUAAUAAAAUCAUCUUUUGCGUUUCUUAGUCAAGA